AUGGAGUCAGAUGGAUCCAUACGAAUCAACUAUGGAGAAUAUGAACACUGGAAGUAUGACAAGUUUGCCCGCGUCGUCAACAACAUGUUGCUCCGCCGAGAAAAUGUAGACUUGCAUAAAUUCCAGGUGUGCUUUAAAGGCUACCAUCUCAUAAACUUCAAGGAUGUGAGAACAUGGAUUCAGUAUGUCGUGAAUCAUGGUGUCGAAGUGCUAGAUGUGAACCUGGGUCGGUAUGACAAGACUUUUCUGCCUCGUUGCAUUUUCGCUUGUCGUUCGCUUGAGGAGCUAAAUUUACAGAUGGGAGAAGCUCCUAAAGAUGAUCUUGAGCAUAAGGGGCUUAUGUUGUCAGACAAAAUAUGUCUUCCUUCCCUCAAAAAGUUGAAUCUCUGUGAUGUGGAGGUGGAUACUUUGUCUCUUCGGCAAAUCAUUAGUGGGAGCCCUGGACUAGAGGACGUGCAUUUGAGCAACUCUACACAGCAUCUUGAGCUUGUAAAAUCAAACAUGCUAAAAAUGCUAGAAAUUCAUGGCUUCUUUGCUUUACAAGGCAAUGAUAGAGAAACAACAAGUUCAAUGUCAAUUGCUGGAAUGACAUUCAAGUGCCCACUCCUUGAAACACUCAUAAUACUAUGUUCCAAGGAUGAUGUCGAAAUCGGGAAGACGGUAGCUGCUAUGGUAGCACUUGGCAUCGGCUUGGAGAAAAUACAAGUAUUUUUUUAUGAGGAUAUUGAAAGAGCAGAGAGGUGGGGCGUGAGUCUAGAAGAGUUGAAGAAACAGGACGCCUUAGAUAAGAUGCUGAAGGAAAAUCGAGAAAAGGUAAAGGGUAGUAAUGCACGGAGUGAUAACAAUAACGAUGGAGACGAGAUGGAGGAUGAAGACUACUACAGCGAUGAAGAAGAGAUGGAUGACGAGGACAGUGAGAUGGAUGAUGAAGAUGACGACGACGAUAUGUAG